CGCACAGCACAGCUCAUGCAAUCAUAUUAUUUCCGGUCAGAGCCGGUGAGUAGAACUCGAGGCCAGACAUGCGUCGACAGUCGAAUGAAGUCGGUGCGUGACCCAGAGAGUUCCCAGCUGGUUCUUGACUUAAUAAUUGCAGGUGUGCUGAUGGCCGCUUCACGCACGUUGGCUGGCUGUGCAUGGUUGAUAAGGAAUCGCAGUGACGAACUUGUGCAGCACAGGAUAAUGUGUAGAGUAAGAUAUGCUGUGCUUCAUUCUCAUGACCUUGUACAGACAUAUACGUGUAUCAAACCAGAAGGGUUGAUGUCGACGUUGUUGAAGGUGGUGAGGCAUUAA